GCUCUUUCUUCCCCAAAGUCACUUCCAUCCCAUUCAUUAAUCGUCCACCCCAAAAUCUACACUACAUAGCCACAUCCCAACAUCCCACACACCAAGAACAAAGCUUUUAUAUUUAUAUAUAUUUACUCAUCAAAUGGUGAAAUCCAGUAGAACUGAGCAGAAGAAGAUCCAAGCAGAUCAUCUUCAUCAGCCGAACGGAGGGAUGCCAUCAUCACUGCUGAAGAAGCAGAAGUACAAGGGAGUGAGAAUGAGGAGCUGGGGCUCCUGGGUUACUGAGAUUAGGGCACCCAAUCAGAAAACUAGAAUCUGGCUGGGCUCCUAUUCCACGCCGGAGGCCGCCGCCAGAGCCUACGACGCUGCCCUCUUCUGCCUCAAGGGCUCCGCCGCCGCCCCCAGUCUCAACUUCCCCUUCUCCGCAGCCCACUUGCGCCACCACCUCCCUCCUGGCACUUCCUCCACCUCCUCCUUGUCCCCCAAGUCCAUCCAGCGAAUCGCCGCCGCCGCCGCCGCCGCCUCCAGCACCACCCCGCCACCACCAUCGCCAUCGCCGUCGCCGCUACCUCCCUCUUCUCCGUCCAUCUCGUCUUCUCCGUCCAGCCAUGUUGAGGAUGAUAUCUCAUUAGCCUACCCAACUGAGGACUAUGAAGCAAUGUCUUUGAUCACUUCGUGGUACAGUUUUGAUUCACCGAAGUACAAUGACAUGAUCAACGGAGCCUUCUUCAAUCCGCCAUUAAUUGCGGAAGAUGUCUUCGAAGAGUGCGACAUCCGGCUUUGGAGCUUCUGCUGAUCGAUCGUCAGUUCAAUCACAUUUCCUUCUUCUUCUUCUUCUUCUAAAUAUUCAUUCAAUGGUCUUCAGUUAAUUGCUUGAAGACAUUAUACUGACAGUGACCUAUAUAUAUAUUAUAUAAUCAAUAUACUGAUUUGUUAAUCAGAGGGAUGAAGGUUUAAUUCAGUAAUUACAUAGAGAGAAACAUGAUUUUUUGGAAUCUCCUAUGUGAGUUUCAAGUUUCAAUGCAAUAUUAUUAAUAUUGGAUUUGUAUGUAAACUUCAAUUAAUCGCUGGAAAGUGUGUUGAUGUGCAGAAGUUGUAUUAUUAUCAUCAUGGUCUUUUCUUAUAGUAAUAAGAUGGAAACUUGUUGAUUUGAUCGUUAUCCCUUAAUUUGGUUACUUAAUGCUCUUUUCAGUCUAUGAAUCAUUCAUGAGACAAUGUUAUCAAUUGAAGCAAUCCAUCCAUCCAUCCAUACAUACAUACAUAUAUGUAGUUGCUUGAAGAGUUCAUCAAAUGCACAGUUCUUAUCCAGAAAAAAGACCAGCUGUUCUCAUGACGUUAGUACAGAGAAUUGAUCAAAUAGGCUAGCUAGUCAAUGUAUACUUGAACGCAGUGAUUAGGGGUUCUCUUAUUUAUUAUAAAAGAGGGGUUGAGAAU